GGGAAAGAAAGAAGAAGCCGACUACAAAAGACUCCACAGCUUCCCUCUCAUCAGGCACACAGACAUGCCUGAGGAGAUGAGGGUGGAGACGAUGGAGCUGUGUGUGACAGCCUGCGAAAAGUUUGCCACAAACAAUGAGGUGAUACUCAAUGAUCCUGUUUGACUGCAGCAGCAGGUAAGAAGGCUCCACUGACAAAAGGAUGAUGUGGCGAAUGUGCCGUCGCUCCAGGACAAUCUGUCUGUCAUUGGCACUCAUCUCCAUUUUCCUGCAUCUUCUCCUGGCGCUUGUCUCACUUUCCUUGUACCGUCAGCCCUGUGACGCCCCGCUUACACCAUGGACACACAUCUCGUCUAUGGGUAUCGGUGGUCCGACCACAUCACCGACCUCUACCGAGAAUCGCGUUGGAAUGCCUCGUAACAAACUCCUGUCGGCAAAAAGUGAAGGAAUCGCGCCGGUGAAAGCACCCCUGGCUGAACAACUGGCGGCCGGCCUGUCGAAACUGGCGGCGUUGUUUGAUCACCCUCUUUACAAUGUCCCCACCACGGCCAUGCGUGAAGAUGACUGGCUGCUAAGGGUCAAACCAAAGCAGAAGUCUGAAAGGAGCUCCCAGAUGUGGGUGAGCGCGAGCCAAGAAGGCUACGACCACUGGAACAGCAGCAGCAACAGCCAUCCCCCCUGGCUGCGCUUUCACCUCGGUAUCUCUCGUUGGCAACUCUACCCCCAUCAGGACCCCAACAUGGACUCCGUGGUCCAGCAGCUGGCCACUCACCACAUCAUUAGUGCAGUGCAGAAGACCGGAGGUACACAACUGAAGCUGGUGAUGUCAUUUCCCAACUAUGGGAAGGCCAUGUUCAAACCCAUGAAGCAGGAGAGAGAUGACGAAACCGACUACAAUCUCUACUACUUCUCCGAUUUCGAGCGUCACAACGCUGAAAUCGCAGCCUUUCACUUGGACAGGAUUUUGGGUUACAGGAGAGUCCCUCCUGCCGUCGGGAGGCAAGUGGAUGUUGUCAAAGAGAUCAAAAACAUCACCACCGAUCUCAAGCUGGCCCGGACGUUCUUUAACUCUCCCGUGGGAAACGUGUGCUUCUACGGCCGGUGCUCUUACUACUGUUCAACAGAGCAUGCCAUCUGUGGCCGGCCCAGGAACCUUGAGGCCUCCUUGGCCCUCAUGCUGCCCGACCUCUCCCUGGCAACCCGGAGGAGCUGGAGGUCCCCCUGGAGACGCUCCUAUAGCCGCAGUAAACUAGCAAAAUGGGAGACAGAACCAGACUACUGCUCCACCAUCAAAAAGACAGCUCCAUACGACAAAGGUACCAGACUGGUGGAUUUUAUGGACCUGGUCAUACUGGACUUCCUGAUGAGCAACAUGGACAGACAUCACUAUGAAACCUUCGAGAAGUUUGGCAACAAUACUUUCUUGCUGCAUCUUGACAACGGACGGGCAUUCGGGCGUCACUCCAAAGACGAGCCAUCAAUCCUCGUGCCGUUGGCGCAGUGCUGCAGAAUGCGUCGUUCUACCUGGCUACGCCUGCGCCUCCUGUCGCUGCCGCAGUAUCGCCUCAGUGACGUCAUGCGGGCUUCGCUUUCCCACGACCCCCUGCACGCAAUCGCCCCGCUGCUGACUGAGCCCCACUUGGCCGCUCUGGAUCGGCGCUUGAAAGUCGUGCUGGAGACCGUAAGCCGUUGCGUGAAGCGCCAGAGCGAAGGGGGCAGUGAUGAGGUAUUCUACGAGGACCUCGAUCACCUGAAGGACAUGUAAAGU